AUGACGACACCCUUACAGUUUCCCGUGUGGGGGCUUUUGUUGUCGGUUGGUAUGUCCCUUUUUUUCCUCAUUCCUAUUGGUAUCCUGAAAGCUGUGAGCGACACAGGUGUUGGCCUGAACGUAAUUACAGAAUUUGUGGCUGGAUACUUGAUUCCAGGCAAACCUAUUGGCAAUGUUUGCUGGAAGUGCUAUGGAUACAUGAGUUGUGCCCAAGCUCUGGAUAUGAUCGGUGAUUUGAAACUUGCUCACUAUAUGAAAAUCAAUCCUAAACACAUGUUCCUUGCCCAGCUUCUGGGCACAGUUAUUGGGUGUGUUGUAAACUACAUGGUCAUUUGUGUGGUCCUCGCACCUCAGAAUGGGUAUCGUGCAUUUCUCGAUGGAAGUGUCACAGACCCAACAGGCCAGUGGGAUGGGCGUAAGGUGCAAAUCUUCCGUUCCGCCUCAAUUAUCUGGGGUGCCGUGGGUCCCGAGCGUUUUUUUUCCGGAAAUUACAAGUACCUAUACGGCGGCUUCAUCUUGGGCGCACUGCUCCCGAUUAUUCCUUGGCUUCUUCAUAAACGUCUUCAACGCCGCUCACUCAAAAAAAUUCAUGAGUCUGUUUACAGUCGCACCGUCGUCCCUAUUUUCCUCCAUGGGGCCAUUGCUCCUCCGGCGACACCUACAAACAUCAUGUUGGGCGGCUUUGUGUGUGCGUUUGUUUCUCAAAAAUGGAUGCGUCAGAGGUAUCCCCAUUGGUUUAAAAAGUACAACUACGUUCUCUCUGCUGCCCUGGAUGCUGGCUCAUCUGUGAAUGCAUUGGUGGUCUUUUUCUUGUCCAUCUCAUUGUUUCGUUGGAUUGGAACACCACACUUAUUCGCAUCGAAUGACACGGAUGUGGAGCAUUGCAAAGUGGACUAA